AGUUGUAGCCAUUACUACGUCGCUGUUGUUGCUUCUUACCAUUUGGAGAUUAACGUAUCGUUAUGAAGAUUUCUGUUGUAUUGUUCAGCCUUGUGACAGUAACCAUGGCCCGUCCGAACCUCAUUCGAUUGACACCACAAACUAUUCAAGCUUCAGCAGGAGUUUCGGCUAGCACCUCGUCAUCACCUCACAAUAUUGUCCAGAUAAUUCCAGGUUUACCUUUAGGUCCAAAUUCUCGAAUCUUGGAUACGCUCGAGGUUCGCAUACUCAAUUCAGGACACGAUGCAAUUAGUCAACGUAUUCAAACAAAUUCAAAAAACGCUACGGGUAUCACGCAAAUUAUUUCGGCUCCAGCCGCAGCUCCUUUGGGCCCUGACGGCCAAGUUGUUGAUACAAUUGAAGUUAGCUUAGCUAAAGCUGAACACGCUGCUGCCCAUAAAAACGAGCGUAUAAGGUUGGCAAACCAUGAUGCUGAAACGAUUGAAGCUCGAGCUCAGGCUCAGCAGCAAGUAGACUCCGGACCAAACUCCAUAUUAAUGGCCACCCGUCAAGCGCAAUCACUCGCCAGUAUUAAUCCAAGAGGUACCUCGAGCAUUUCUAGCGCUCAGAUAAUUGAAUCGCCUGAACUUCAUGCUGCCAGAAUCGCUCAGCAGCAGGCCAUUGCAGCUCGUCAGUCACUUCGACUCCACCAGCCUGUUUUACUUGGACUCGAUGGUCAGAUCUUUUCUACAUCCCCCCUUAUCGUAGCCUAAUAAUUGUCAAAAAUGGUUAAUAAAUAAAUCAGCGUUUUACUUUA